UGUCUCUGAUCCUCAUCCUGGUCCGAUCCUGCUGACCAAUCUUUAUAUAGUAUUUUAGCCAAUUGUAUUGAAUCAGGCGAUUUAUUAACUUAUUAGUAGUAUUUUUUUCUUAAAUAGGAUUGAUAUUUAAGGCAGGAAAACCACCACCAAGUACUUCAGGUUUUUCUCAUUUAAUAAGUUCUUGCCCCCUGCCUACUUGAUAAGCUUCAAGUUUGAACCAUCCUUUGUUUUAUUUUUUUGGUCCAACUUCAUCAAACUUUCUCUUGUCUAGCACAUGAACCAGUAGUGCUACUCUUCGUUUCCAUCUCUCUCUGUUUGGAGUUCCAGGCUGCGGCAAAUUCUCGACCCCUGGAGUCUACUUCCAGCUAGUUCUGAAAGCUCUAGAGGCUAUCGGUUUUUCCUAGACUAUGGAUAACAAUUUGGGAGAAUGGUUUCUUGCAAAGCAAGAUGAAGGAAGGAGUGCUGGUCUGAAAACAAGGGUUUGGAUUGAAUCAAAGAUCAUAUGGAGGAUUGCUUUCCCCUCAAUGUUGGCAAGGGUCACUGCUUUUGGAAUGGUGAUUGUGACACAGUCGUUUCUCGGUCACAUUGGCGAGGUUGAGCUAGCCACUUACGCCCUCAUUCAAAGCAUUCUUGUACGAUUUGUGAAUGGAGUGUUGAUUGGCAUGUCGAGUGCGACUGAAACACUUUGUGGGCAAGCAUUCGGGGCAGAACACUACCAUAUGAUGGGAAUAUACCUGCAACGAUCAUGGAUUGUUGAUGGUGCCACCGCGACGAUAUUAGUCCCUCUCUUUCUUUUAGCUACACCGCUCUUAAGACUACUUGGGCAGGAGGAGCAGAUUGCAAAAGCAGCUGGCACAAUCUCCCUAUGGUUCAUUCCCAUGCUUUACAAUAUGGUAUUUAGCCUUACCAUCCAAAUGUACCUCCAAGCACAGCUCAAGAACUUGGUUGUGGGGUGGCUAAGUACCGCCUCAUUCCUACUUCAUUUACUACUGUCUUGGCUUAUGGUUUACAAACUUAACUGGGGAGUCUCUGGGGCAAUGGGAGCCUUGAAUAUAUCGAGUUGGGCAAUGGUCAUCGGCGAAUUUGUCUACAUCUUCGGAGGUUGGUGCCCUCAUACAUGGAAAGGGUUCACUAAAGCUGCCUUCUAUGAUCUGAUGCCAGUAGUAAAGCUCUCAGUAGCCUCGGGCCUCAUGAUUUGCUUAGAGCUGUGGUACAAUGCCAUUCUCGUCUUGUUGGCUGGAUACAUGAAAAAUGCAACCAUUUCCAUUGAUGCCUUCUCCAUCUGCAUCAAUAUGAAUGCAUGGGAAUUCAUGAUCUGCCUUGGCUUCCUGGGUGCUUCAAUUGUUCGUGUUGCGAAUGAACUGGGGAGAGGAAAUGCAAAGGCAGUGAAAUUUUCCAUAAAAACCAUUCUUGGUACUUCAAUAUCAUUUGGGGUGUUCUUCUGGAUUCUGUGUUUAGUAUUCGGGCAUCGACUUUCAUACUUGUUUACUACCAAUGAGGAAGUUGCAAAAGCUGUAUCAAGCCUCUCAACCCUUCUUGCCUUCUCAAUCUUGCUCAAUAGUGUUCAGCCAGUAUUAUCAGGUGUAGCCACAGGUGCUGGUAUGCAAAGUACUGUUGCAAUUGUGAACUUGGGAUGUUAUUAUGCAGUAGGGAUACCAGUUGGAGUUGUGCUUGGUUAUGUGCUAGAUUUUGAAGUUAGGGGUCUAUGGGUUGGAUUGCUUAGUGGGGUGGUGUUACAAACCGUCAUUCUAUCUGUCAUUGUGUGGAGAACGGAUUGGGAAGAGCAGGUAAGGAGAGCAUAUGUACGUCUCAAUCGAUGGCUUUUAAAACCGGAAGCAGAAGAUAAUCGAGGCCCGUAUCUAGUUUAAAUUAAAUGAACAGUAGUUAAUUGUAGUAGGUUGAUGAAGAAAAAUUUUGGCUACCUUUAUUUUUCUUACAUUUCUUAUUGCUUUUCGAUUAAACAAAUAAAAUAGAUUUUAGCCAUAUUUUCCCCAUA